AUGUUCCCAGCCAACCUGGUGGAAGCCACAUUCAAACAGUACCGCACCAAGACCACCCCCGUUGUCAAAUCCCCCAAGAUGGCAUGGGAGGAGACCCCUCCUCGGCAGAUCCUCGUCUAUGGGGUCCAGGAAGAGAAUGGCUCUCGUGUUCAGAACUUCGCCCUGGACCUGACCCCACCACCUGAGGUUGUUUACAAGUCAGAGCCUGAUACCAUCGACGGCAUGAACGUGCUGGGCAUUGUCAUCUUCUCUGCCACCAUGGGCAUCAUGCUGGGCCGCAUGGGUGACAGCGGAACCCCUCUAGUCAGCUUUUGCCAGUGCCUCAAUGAGUCUGUCAUGAAGAUUGUGGCGGUGGCUGUGUGGUACUUCCCCUUCGGCAUUGUGUUCCUCAUCGCUGGCAAGAUCCUGGAGAUGGAUGACCCCACGGCUGUCAGAAAGAAGCUGGGCUUCUAUGCGGUCACUGUGGUGUGUGGCCUGGUGGUCCACGGCCUCUUCAUCCUGCCCCUGCUCUACUUCUUCAUUACCAAAAAGAACCCCAUUGUCUUCAUCCGCGGUGUCCUCCAGGCCCUGCUCAUCGCACUAGCCACCUCCUCCAGCUCAGCCACACUGCCCAUCACCUUCAAGUGCCUGCUGGAAAACAACCACAUUGACCGGCGCAUUGCCCGCUUUGUGCUGCCUGUGGGCGCCACCAUCAACAUGGACGGCACCGCACUCUACGAGGCUGUGGCCGCCAUCUUCAUUGCCCAGGUCAACAAUUAUGAGCUGGACUUCGGCCAGAUCAUCACCAUCAGCAUCACGGCCACCGCGGCCAGCAUCGGGGCGGCUGGCAUCCCCCAGGCUGGGCUCGUCACCAUGGUCAUUGUGCUGACGUCCGUGGGACUGCCCACUGACGACAUCACCCUCAUCAUCGCUGUCGACUGGGCUCUGGACCGCUUCCGCACCAUGAUUAACGUGCUGGGUGAUGCGCUGGCGGCCGGGAUCAUGGCCCACAUCUGCCGGAAGGACUUUGCUCAGGAAACAGGCACUGAGAAACUGCCGCCCUGUGAGACCAAGCCGGUGAGCCUCCAGGAGAUCGUGGCAACCCAGCAGAACGGCUGUGUGAAGAGCGUGGCUGAGGCCUCAGAGCUGACCCUGGGUCCCGCCUGUCCCCACCACAUCCCCGUCCAGGUGGAGCAGGACGAGGAGUCAGCUGCCACCUGUCUGGACCACUGCACCAUUGAGAUUAGUGAGCUUGAGACCAAUGUCUGAGCCUGCAGGGCCGCAGGGGCCAGGGGAGGCCUCCAGGGUUAGGCGCCAAGGGCAAGAUCUCAACUCACCUACUUUUCUGAGCACCUGCCAGGAGCCAGGCUCACACACUCUUCCCACCCUUGAGAGGCCAGAAUGAGCCCCACUUGUCAGACAGUGGAGUUCCGGAAAGGGAAAAACCGCAGGUGGGAGCCCCAGCUGGAGAAUGAUGAGCCGGCAUGGCCUAAGCCCCGGCUGUGACAUGUCUACUGUGAUGGCCUAGGAGGGUGGCAGGCAGGCACUAUAUGGUCUCACUUUCUGGAUCACACAGUUGAGGCUCUGUGAGCUGCAAACAUUCACGCCAGGUCUCAGCAAAUAAUGUCAGGGCCAGGACUCUCACUCAAGUCUUUCAAGCCUUGGCCACUCCUUCCCAGAGAACGGGGGCCUGCAGGGCCAGACGCCAAGGGUUUCUGCCCCCCUCCAGGAGCUCUGAGCCACCACUACCUUCAGUUUAUGAAGACAUAACAACAGCCUGGUUCUGCCCCAGCUGUGUCCCUGCCCAGGCCCGUCCCCCUCCCUGCCCUGUAACACGUGGCCUCAGACAAAGCUCUCCCCGAGGACAGCCCAGCCCAAGGCUGAGGCCCACUGCCUGCCGCGUGCCACAGCCCAUCCCAGCAGUUGUCUCUCACAAAGCUCAGCUGACGUGGAGAGGGGAUGUCUUCAGAAGAGCUGCAGGGACCCUUAGAGACAUCUGGGCCAGCCUGCCACAGGAUAGGUAGGCCAGCCAGGACUGGGGAGGCAGGCGUGAUGGGAUGCUUUGGUCAAGUUGCCCAUGGAGCCCUGGGGUCAGCCCUCUACGCAAGCCUGUGUGACGAAGUGGUGUUAGAUUUUCUACUCCUUUCUGUGUUUGCAUAUUCAGUGAUAACUAAAUAAAGGUAUUUUGUUUUUUAA